AUGAAGUAUGUAUAUUUAUCUCUGCUUGUAAUAUUUUUAGUAAUCUGCCUAGCAUAUGCUACAGAUUUUGAAGAACAUCAAAGUUAUGAUAUAGAUGACCACCAUGAUGAGAGUAUUCACGACAUAGAAGAAGACUCCGGAGACAACACAUACUUAGAUAUGGCAUCUCAGUUUCUCAACGGCUUGACCAAGGACGACGUGAAAAACCAUUUCAAGGACAUCAUCCGCGGGUUUUCUGAUAAGGGAUUUGAGGAUUGUGAUACGAACAAUGAUAAAUUUUUGGAUAUGAUAGAAGUGGAGUGUUUUGUUACCGAUAAAAUGGGUUAUUCAAUGAAAGAGGUGCCUGAGAAAAUUGUGGAGUACUUUGAUAAGGAUCACAAUGGGAAGCUGGAUUCUGAUGAAGUUUGGAAUAUUGUGGAGGACAAAGCGCCAUCUCUUUUUGAAAUCCUUCCGUCGACCGUGGAGAGGAACAUGGAAUUGCUGCAUGGACUCCAGCAAGAAAACGGCCCAGUGGAUGCCGGCGCUGGAAUCUUUUAUUAA